AUGGCACCACCAGCAAGCAAAGUACUGGAGACGCAGGACAAAUACGGCGCCAAAGUUGGCGGUCAGGAAGCAGCGCCCGAUAGCCAGUCAGGACCUCAAGGCAAGGGAAAAUCCAACGGAGCUGCAACUAGCGCCGCAGCGUCCUCGGUGGACAACGUCAAGACCGACGGCGACGGCCUGAGAAGCGGCAAGGAGUCUGAUCCUACUUCUGGCCAAGGCACAGAGCGCCAUGGAACAAAAGGUCCCUCCACCAGAGCUAUCGACGUGCAAGGUGCCUCUGACAAGUAUGGCGCGGUCGUCGGCUCGAGCGAGGAGCAAGACAAGCUCAAAUCGUCCAAAUCGAAGCUAUAG